GUUGGAAUGGAGAAAAGAGAAAGAUCAUGCCACCCUCGACCUCGAGUCCUGUUCAUUGACGAUUCUUAACCUGUGGUUGAUGAUAGCCGGCGAUAGAGUCUAGUUGCCGAACAUAAGCCACGCACUGCUCCGAAUUCCGAACCAUCCAUACGACUAUCUGCCUAUCUGGCGAACUCUUACAUUCAUACUCAAAACGUUGAAAGAGUCCCCCCUUGAUUCUGUUCAAGUGAUGGUUACAGACCCUGCGCCUUGCAUUGACCAUCGCACAACUCACCAUGUUCCGUCUUUUCAAGUCCGACUUCUUUAACUUCGAGGCUCUCCGUCUACUCAGUUUCACCGCGCACGAGGGCGGCGAGAUUGCCGAAUUCUUCACAGCGGUAGCCCGCAUCAAAGACCAGGACGUGGAGAGCUGGUACGCAGCAUGGAUGGAGGCGGCCGACAAAGCUGAAGGGGUGGCCACGGAGGCAGAGCUGGCCGGGAACCGCGUGGCGGCGCGACGGGCGUAUCUACGCGUCGCUAACUACCAGCGAUCGGCCCAAUUCAUGCUCAACGGGCUGCCCGGCACCGACUCACGACUGCUGACGGCCUCCGAGGCGGCGAUCUCCAACUUCAGCCGGGCGGCCGCCCUGUUCGACUGGAGCUAUCAGCGCGUGGAGAUCCCCUACGAGGAAGGGCUCGACCUCCCGGGCUACGUCUUCCUGCCCCAUCCCUCCACCCGCUUGCCCGGUGACAAACUACCACUGCUGAUUCAGACCGUGGGCGCGGAUGCCACGCAGGAAGAAAUCUUCUACAUCUUCCCGAUGGCAGCGCUCGAGCUGGGGUACGCGGUGCUUACCUUCGAGGGACCGGGGCAGGGGAUCGUGAUCCGGCGACACGGGGUGCCCAUGCGGCCGGACUGGGAGACGGUGGUGGGCAAGGUGCUCGACUUCACCGAGGGGUACGCGACCGCGCACCCGCAAUUCGACCUGGAUCUGGCACGCAUCGCGCUGGUGGGGUCCUCGAUGGGAGGCCACCUGGCGCUGCGCGGCGCGGCCGACCCGCGCAUCCGCGCCUGCAUCGCCGUCGACCCCUUCUACACCAUGUUCGACCUGCUCAAAAGCCGUAUGCCCGACCCCGUCACCAACACGUUUGUGGCAGGUGGGUUCGUGCCAGACGCCGGCUGGGACUACGUGUUCGGCCUGCUGGGCCGCUUCAACCCGAUGACGCGCUGGGAGUUCGACUUCGGCCGCUGGAUGCUCGGCGUGCCCACCGCCGCGCAGAUGCUCCGCCGCAUGCAGGAGUACACGCUGGGCACCUCGGACGGGGUCGGGUUCCUGCCCCGCAUCCGCUGUCCCGUGCUGGUCACGGGCGCGCGCUUCUCGCUGUACUCGCAGCCGGAGGUCAGCACGCAGCGGAUUUUUGAGGAGCUGGUGAAUGUUCCCCAGGAUCAGAGGGAGAUGUGGGUGGCGGAGGACACGGCCGAAGGCGGGUUGCAGUCCAAGGUGGGGGCGUUCACGGUGCUGACCACCAAGUCGUUUGCCUGGUUGGAUCGGAUGUUCGGGAUUGAGCGUAAGAUUCAUCUGUAGUUUUAGUUUAGUUUCGUUGGUCAGUCGGAUGGUGAGAUCUCGUGGUGGCGAUGGUGCCAUGCCAUCGCCGACCGCCGAAACUAUGCCGGUUUCAGUUUAGAUGCGCGACGAUUUUAGGAUGAGGGGAUUAAAUGUGAAACACGAAAUGUGAUUGAUGGUUCCUGGUGUGAUAUGUCAUUGAUUUAGCCUUUCGUAGGGAGAUCGGACAUGAAAGCUUGACCAGGGGGUGGG